ACGAAAAAUCUAGAAUCGAAAUAAAACAGCUCAUAAAAGUGGUGAAAUUUAUUAUACAAACAUAUUUCUUAACUGGAUACUUCUGUUGUAACCUACAUCCUUACAGUAUUAUUUCUAUCUUCCAUAUUAUUGUUCAAUCACAUGUUCUCAAAAUUAUUCAUCGUCUUUUUGUUUGUGAAUAUCUUCAGUGACGCAUCAGCCCUCGUCGAGCUCCCUCAAGUCGAGGAAAAUAACAUUUUAGAGACAGACACAGCUAUACGUCAAACUACGAAUAAUUUGUUUUCACUGCUCAAUUUAAAAUUAAAUAAAGAUCGGCCAAAUUUGAAGCAGUAUUCGCUGAUCCACAACUACCUCGUAUCUACUACUCUACAAGAUUACACCAACUUGAAAGAAAUAGCUAAACUUACAAGAGUCGAUAAAACAAGAUUAAACAAUGAAACUCGCAAUUUUAUGGCCGUCGUAAUUGAAAUAUUAAAUGAAGAUAUAAAGCAUGAUACAGUGACUGAAGAUGAAUAUGUAAUAAAACACAUAGAAGGAUUCCUGACAAAUCUCGACCUUUAUACGGGAAGAUACGAUUAUAGCGAAAAUAUUUCAGAUGAGAUAGUUUCAUACAUUUUUAAGAUCCUAGAAAAGAACAGAACUUUUUCAGAAGCACUGAAUAAAACAGAUUCUGAUAAAAGCUGGUUGGAAUCUGAUGAGGACAGCCAUAAUCUCAUUAACGAUAAUGAAUUUUGGGUGCCCAGUGCUCGCCGCAUCUUCCAAGGCCAGAAAGCCAAGAUAAAGGACUUUCCGUUUCUGGCCAGUAUCCACGUGUUCAACCAGUUCCAAUGCGCUGGCUCCAUCAUCAAGUCUGACCUGAUCAUCACUGCCGCCUCUUGUUUACAAUUGUCUUGGAACAACCGUUUCUUUCGCGAGAACCCCAAGUUCCUCACGGCGCGAGUUGGUAGCUCUUUCCACACCACUGGAGGGGAGAACAUUGAAGUCUUGGAGAUCUACUUCCACCCGAAUUACGAUCCGAAGUCCCUGAAAAACAAUUUGUGUGUUCUGCGUCUACUGAGGCAACUGAAAUUCAUGAGGAAAAAGCGGAUGAAUGUGAUGAAAAUUGAAUUAGAUCGCAAGCCAAACCCGGUGCCUGUGGUGAAGUACGGGAGGGGUGGAGGAGAAAUCGAAAUCACUACAGUAGGUUGGGGAGCAAAAAAGGUUACCCAUAAUGUUGGAGAUCAGUACUUGUCGUUCACCGUGCUCGAUAUCUAUCCUGUCCAAGAAUGUCAAGUUGUUUACUCUCAGGAAUACGUCACGCAGAAAAACUUUUGUGCUGGAUUUAUGUCUCGCGGCGGUGGAGCUUGCAACAAAGAUAUAGGUGGUCCGGGGAUCCUCAACGGCGUCCUUGUGGGUGUGGUCAGCUUCGGGUCCGCUGCGUGCGGCACCCCUGACGCGCCGACCGUCUUCACCAAGGUUGGAUUCUACGCCGACUGGAUCGACAGCAUUAUAGAACAGAACGUUGCCAGGGUCAAAAAGAGAACUACUCUAUUACGUCCUCUGGACCUAACCCCGCCCAUCUUCUAUACCUCACCCAAAACCACUUUCCAAGUGACCCCGAUGUUAAGAAUAAAGAAAAAAGCAAGAGAAAUGGAACAGAUUGAGAUGUUAAGAGAAAUACAGACGAAAGGCCUUUUGAAGGAAUUCGUAAAUAAAGUGAUUGGCAGCGAUGAAGCCAGAGAUUUGCUGCGAGAAGCUGAAGCAGUCGAUAUAAUGGAAAACCUUGAAAAAGGAACAAGAAGUCAACACACAUCUACUACUACUAUGGCAACAAAACCAUUGACUAUACCUACCAUCCCUGAACUUGACUUGAAUUUUUAUAGUAAUUCGUCUUCAGAAACAAUAGAAGAACUAUCAGAACUCGAAGCAGAUGUAACUAAGUCUGUAGAUAAAGACAAAGCACUGGAAACACAAAUCGAGAGAGACGUUAUGGAUAUAAUAGACAAAAUGAACGAAUUCGUCAACGAUACCAAAACAAAUGUAAAAAAAUUAGAACAGAACUAUGAUGAUAGCGAUACGAAAAACUUUUUGAAGGUAUUGUACUUACCAGAAAAGAAGAGAAAUUUGAGUACUACAAGCGCUGUUUCUGAGGAAAUAAAUGAAGGGAUACAGAUUCCUUUAGAAAUACCCUCGCAACCGUCCCUUGAUCUCACUUAUAGAAAUAAUAAAACAGAUACAGAAAUAUUCCUGUCGAGGCAAGACUUAAUAGACUUAUUUUCUGAAGCUCUCAAGGAGGAAAUCCAAAUUAAAACAAAGGCAACUCCAGGAAUCGUAGUGCAGAGAAGUGAAACGAGCACUAGUACAAUAAAACGGAACGCGACGUUAUCACUAAACGAAAUGAAAAUCUCUUAUUUGGAACAACUAAAAAAGAAAACAGUUUACACAAAGAAUUGAGAGGAAAUAUUAUCGGGGCAAGCUUUUAUUUAGGUGCAUUAAAAUGUGCAAUUUCA